GAGAAACCGUGUUGGGAGAGGAAUCGUAUCUCCAUAUUUCUUCUUUCAGCCCCAUCCAAGGGUUGUAGCUGGAACUUUCCAUCAGUUCUUUCUUUCUUUUUCCUCUCUAAGCCUUUGCCUUGCUCUGUCUGUCACAGUGAAGUCAGCCAGAGCAGGGCUGUUAAACUCUGUGAAAUUUGUCAUAAGGGUGUCAGGUAUUUCUUACUGGCUUCCAAAGAAACAUAGAUAAAGAAAUCUUUCCUGUGGCUUCCCGUGGCAGGCUGCAUUUGGAAGGUCUCUCAGUUGAAGAAAGAGCUUGGAGGGCAACAGCACAACGGAAAAGUAAAAGAUGCCCCAGGGCUGAGGCCCCACUUAGGCAGCUGCAUCUGGAGUCAGACAUACUCACCUUGCCCGGGCCAUGCUCGGGCAAGCUGUUUUCUUUUGAAAGUUCAAACCCAUCAGGAUUAUGCUGCUCACUCUUAUCAUUCUGUUGCCAGUAGUUUUAAAAUUUAGUUUUGUUAGUCUCUCAGCACCGCAGCACUGGAGCUGUCCUGAAGGUACUCCCGCAGGACAUGGGAAUUCUACUCGUGUGGGUCCUGCACCCUUCUUAAUUUUCUCCCACGGAAAUAGUAUCUUUAGGAUUGACACGGAAGGAACCAAUUAUGAGCCAUUGGUGGUGGAUGCUGGUGUCUCAGUGAUCAUGGAUUUUCAUUAUAAAGAGAAAAUAAUCUAUUGGGUGGAUUUAGAAAGACAACUUUUGCAAAGAGUUUUUCUGAAUGGGUCAAGGCGAGAGAGAGUAUGUAAUAUAGAGAAAAAUGUUUCUGGAAUGGCAAUAAAUUGGAUAAAUGAAGAAGUUAUUUGGUCAAAUCAACAGGAAGGAAUCAUUACAGUAACAGAUAUGAAAGGAAAUAAUUCCCACGUUCUUUUAAGUGCUUUAAAAUAUCCUGCAAAUAUAGCAGUUGAUCCAGUAGAAAGGUUUAUAUUUUGGUCUUCAGAGGUGGCUGGCAGCCUUUACAGAGCAGAUCUUGAUGGUGUGGAAGUGAAGUCUCUGUUAGAGACAUCAGAGAAAAUAACAGCUGUGUCAUUGGAUGUGCUUGAUAAGCGGCUGUUUUGGAUUCAGUACAGCAGAGAAGGAAGCAAUUCUCUUAUUUGCUCCUGUGAUUAUGAUGGAGGUUCUGUCCGUAUUAGUAAACAUCCAACACAGCACAAUUUGUUUGCAAUGUCCCUUUUUGGUGACCAUGUCUUCUAUUCAACAUGGAAAACGAGGACAAUUUGGAUAGCCAACAAACACACUGGAAAGGAUAUGGUUAGAAUUAACCUCCAUCCAUCAUUUGUACCACCUGGUGAACUGAAAGUAGUGCAUCCACUUGCACAGCCCAAGGCAGAAGAUGAUGCUCGGGAGCGUGAGCAGAAACUUCACAAAUCGAGGAAGGGAAACUGCAGCAGCACUGUGUGUGGGCAAGACGCCCAGUCACACUUGUGCACGUGUGCAGAGGGAUACACCUUAAGUCGAGACCGGAAGUACUGUGAAGGUAAUGACCGGAAGUACUGUGAAGAUGUUAAUGAAUGUGCUUUUUGGAAUCAUGGCUGUACUCUUGGGUGUAAAAACACCCCUGGAUCCUAUUACUGCACAUGCCCUGUAGGAUUUGUUCUGCUUCCUGAUGGGAAACGAUGUCAUCAACUUGUUUCCUGUCCAAGCAAUGUGUCUGAAUGCAGCCAUGACUGUGUUCUGACAUCAGAAGAUCCCUUAUGUUUCUGUCCUGAAGGCUCAGUGCUUGAGAGAGAUGGGAAAACAUGUAGCGGUUGUUCCUCACCCGAUAAUGGUGGAUGUAGCCAGCUCUGCAUUUCUCUCAGCCCAGUAUCCUGGGAAUGUGAUUGCUUUCCUGGGUAUGACCUACAACUGGAUAAAAAAAGCUGUGUAGCUUCAGGACCACAACCAUUUUUGCUGUUUGCCAAUUCUCAAGAUAUUCGACACAUGCAUUUUGAUGGAACAGACUAUGGAACUCUGCUCAGCCAGCAGAUGGGAAUGGUUUAUGCCCUAGAUCAUGACCCUGUGGAAAAUAAGAUAUACUUUGCCCAUACAGCCCUGAAGUGGAUAGAGAGAGCUAAUAUGGAUGGUUCCCAGCGAGAAAGGCUUAUUGAGGAAGGAGUAGAUAUGCCAGAAGGUCUUGCUGUGGACUGGAUUGGCCGUAGAUUCUAUUGGACAGACAGAGGAAAAAUGUUGCUGGGCAUCUGGCUGGGAUUGGAGAAAAGAGGCCACCACUGCUGUCCACACUCCCCCACUUCCUCCUUUCAUCAAGAUUGCGUCUCUGUGCGUGGGAGGAUUUUGAAGACCAAGAAAGUAGCCUGUGUUAGGAAAUCUCUGAUUGGAAGGAGUGAUUUAAAUGGAAAACAUCCCAAAAUAAUCAUUAAGGAGAACAUCUCUCAACCACGAGGAAUUGCUGUUCAUCCAACGGCCAAGAGAUUAUUCUGGACGGAUACAGGGAUUAAUCCACGAAUUGAAAGUUCUUCCCUCCAAGGCCUUGGCCGACUGGUUAUAGCCAGCUCUGAUCUAAUCUGGCCCAAUGGAAUAACGAUUGACUUCUUAACUGACAAGUUGUAUUGGUGCGAUGCCAAGCAGUCUGUAAUUGAAAUAGCCAAUCUGGAUGGUUCAAAACGCCGAAGACUUACCCAGAACGAUGUAGGUCACCCAUUUGCUAUAGCUGUGUUUGAGGAUUAUGUGUGGUUCUCAGAUUGGGCUAUGCCUUCAGUAAUAAGAGUAAACAAGAAGACUGGCAAAGAUAGAGUACGUCUCCAAGGCAGCAUGCUGAAGCCCUCCUCACUGGUUGUGGUUCAUCCACUGGCAAAACCAGGAGCAGAUCCCUGCUUAUAUCAAAACGGAGGCUGUGAACAUAUUUGCAAAGAGAGGCUUGGAACUGCUUGGUGUUUGUGUCGUGAAGGUUUUAUGAAAGCCUCAGAUGGGAAAACGUGUCUGGCUCUGGAUGGUCAUCAGCUGUUGGCAGGUGGUGAAGUUGAUCUAAAGAACCAGGUAACACCAUUGGACACCUUAUCGAAGACUAGAGUGUCAGAAGAUAACAUUACAGAAUCUCAACACAUGCUAGUGGCUGAAAUCAUGGUGUCAGAUCAAUAUGACUGUGCUCCUGUGGGAUGCAGCACAUAUGCUCGGUGUGUUUCAGAGGGAGACGAUGCCACGUGUCAGUGUUUGAAAGGAUUUGCUGGGGAUGGAAAACUAUGUUCUGAUAUAGAUGAAUGUGAGAUGGGUGUCCCAGUGUGCCCCCCUGCCUCCUCCAAGUGCAUCAACACCGAAGGUGGCUAUGUCUGCCAGUGCUCAGAAGGCUACCAAGGAGAUGGGAUUCACUGUCUUGAUAUUGAUGAGUGCCAACUGGGGGUGCACAGCUGUGGAGAGAAUGCCAACUGCACAAAUACAGAGGGUGGCUACACCUGCACAUGUGCUGGACGCCUGUCUGAACCAGGACUGAUUUGCCCUGACUCUACUCCACCCCCUCACCUCAGGGAAGAUGACCACCACUAUUCUGUAAGAAAUAGUGACUCUGGAUGUCCCCUGUCCCACGAUGGAUACUGCCUCCAUGAUGGUGUGUGCAUGUAUAUUGAAGCAUUGGACAAAUAUGCAUGCAACUGUGUUGUUGGCUACAUCGGGGAGCGAUGUCAGUACCGAGACCUGAAGUGGUGGGAACUGCGUCACGCUGGCCACGGGCAGCAGCAGAAGGUCACCGUGGUGGCUGUCUGCGUGGUGGUGCUUGUCGUGCUGCUCCUCCUGAGCCUGUGGGGUGCCCACUACUACAGGACUCAGAAGCUGCUAACGAAAAAUCCAAAGAAUCCUUCUGAGGAGUCAAGCAGAGACGCGAGGAGUCGCAGGCCUGAUGACAGUGAGGAUGGGAUGUCCUCUUGCCCUCAACCUUGGUUUGUGGUUACAAAGGAACACCAAGACCUCAGGAAUGGGAGUCAACCAGUGGCUGGUGAGGAUGGCCAGGCAGCAGAUGUUGGGUCAGUGCAACCAACUUCAUGGAGGCAGGAGCCCCAGUUACGUGGAGUGGGCCCAGAGCAAGGCUGCUGGAUUCCAGUAUCCAGUGAUAAGGGCUCCUGUCCCCAGGUAAUGGAGCGAAGUUUUCAUAUGCCCUCCUAUGGGACACAGCCCCUUGAUGGGGGUGUCCAGAAGCCCCAUUCUUUCCUAUCAGUUAACCCAUUAUGGCAACAAAGGGCCCUGGACCCACCACACCAAAUGGAGCUGACUCAGUGAAAACUCGAAUUAAAAGGAAAGUCUAGAAGAAUGAACUGUGUUGAUGCACAGUAUCUUUUCUUUCAAAAGUAGAGGAAAACUAUAGGUUUUGGUUCCACAAUCUCUACGACUAAUCACCUACUCAAUGCCUGGAGACAGAUAUGUAGUUGUGCUUUUGUUUGUUCUUUUAAACAGUCUCAUUGCAGUCUUAUUUUCAAGUAAGAGUACUGGGAGAAUCACUAGGUAACUUAUUAGAAACCCAAAUCAGGACAGCAGUGCUUUGUAAAUUGUGUUGUCUUCAGCAGUCUAUACAAAUAGAUUUUUGUUUUUGUUUUUCCUGCAGCCCCAGAAGAAAUUAGGGGUUAAAGCGGACAAUCACACUGGUUUGGUCAGUUACAAAGUAAUUUCUUUGAUCUGGACAUAACAUUUAUAUCAAUUUCAUGAAAUGAUUGACUAUUACAAUACUGUUAAGAUACAGUGUAGGCAUUUAACUCCACAUUGGCGUGGUCCAUGCUGAUAAUUUUGCAAAAUGAAUUGUGAUGAAUCAAUGAAAAAUGUAAUUUAGAAACUGAUUUCUUCAGAAUUAGAUGGCUUUUUUUUUUUGAAAAAUCUUUGAAUGAAAACAUUUUAUUUUUAAGAUAUUUACACGGGAGGCUUCAGGGUUUCUCAGUCAUUACUGUCCUUUACCCUACAGAAUGUUCCCUCUUGGUGUGAUUGCACAGAAUUUGUAUGUAUUUUCAGUUACAAGAUUGUAAGUAAAUUGCCCGAUUUACUUUCAUUAUAGAUGAUGUAUUUCUUCUAAUUAUUUAAAUAAAAUCACCAAAAA